AUGAGAGCCAUAAAUUCUUACACCUUCCACCGCGACGUCUUCUUCAACCCAAAUUCCUCUCUCUCUCUCUCUGCCCUCCAUGCAACAAAAGCUCCACUUUCUCUCUCAUCACCUCAAGAAAGAACUCAACCACUUACUCAUAAUCUCUUCCUUAAUCCUCACCACCGUUGUCGGCUACAACCUCCUCACACAGUUCUCUCUCUUCAACGUCGACUUCUUGACCCGGAUCCUAUCCAAAUACCCGGCUUCGAAAACCUGUGAUUACAGUUAUGGGAAGUGGGUUUGGGAUGAAACCCAACCGGGUCGGACCUACACCGAGAAUUGCCCCUUUCUGGAUCCGGGUUUCCGCUGCCUACGUAACGGCCGCCGCGAUUCCAAUUAUCAGAAAUGGCGAUGGCAACCACAUCAAUGUGAUUUUCCAAGGUUUGAUGCUGCGGAGUUUCUGGAGCGGAGCCGAGGCGGGCGGAUCGUGUUCGCGGGCGACUCCAUAGGUAGAAAUCAAUGGGAGUCUCUAGUAUGCAUGCUCACACAGGGGAUUUCCAACGAGUCGAGAGUAUAUGAAGCAAAUGGGAACCCAAUAACAAAACACAAAGGCUUCCUCUCCAUCAAAUUUGAAGAUUACAAUCUCACACUAGAAUAUUUUAGAGUGCCUUACCUGGUGGAGCUGAGCCGCCCGCCUAAAGGCGCCCCGGAGCAAGUCCGGGGCGCCAUCAGGGUUGAUAAGCUGCACUGGUUCUCGUCCAAGUGGGUCGGCGCCGACCUCCUCAUUUUUAGCGCCGGACAUUGGUGGAAUCAAGACAAAACAAUUAACUCGGGCCACUAUUUUCAGGAAAAGGAGCAUCUCAACAUGAGUAUGGAUGUGAUGGAAGCUUUUCGAAGAUCCCUCAACACUGUGAAGUUGUGGGUGACGCACAACUUGGAGCCUCGCAAAUCUCAUGUCUUCUUCAGGAGUUACUCCCCUGUGCAUUUCAGGGAUGCAGAAUGGAACAAAGGCGGCUACUGCAACAGCAGCAACGAGCCCGAGACGGACUACACGAAACUCGACUCGGAGCCAGUAAACAAUAAAAUAAUCUACCAAGUAUUCGAUACAGAGAAGAACAGAGUUGAGGUGUUGAACAUAACAUAUCUGACAGAGCUGAGAAAAGAUGGGCACCCAUCGAGCAACCGCGAGCCGGGUACUCCGGUCAGUGCGCCGCAGGACUGCAGCCACUGGUGCCUGCCCGGGGUGCCCGACACGUGGAACCAACUUCUCUAUGCUCAGCUCUUGGCAAUGGGAUUCAGAACCAAGGGCUCAAAAUAACUGCAUUUUUUAUGUAAUGUAUAUAGAGAGAGCAUAAAGCACCAAAUGAGAUAAACUUAACACCAUGUUUAGAAUAAGGAAGCAAAGGCUGGCGUUGUAUUAUUGUUUCAAGGAAGGAAAAUUAAAGUAUUUCAAUAUUUGCUUUUUGGUA